AGAAGAUUCUUUUAUGUUAGUUGAUGAUUUAAAUGAAGAACCAAAUUCAAAUAAUCAAACAAGUACUUCAGGAGUUUUUAGUUGUAGAUCUCUAGCUGAUCCUCAUUUUGAAUUUAUUGAUUCAUGUUGGAAAUGCAAAUAUUGCUCAUAA